AUGGUCGCAACUUCCUCCCCCGGGCACUCCCAAAACGGCGCCGCCAGACGUCUCUUCGAUGAUACCGAGCUUAACGAUCUCGGGCCCGCCUCCCGGGUCACCCCUCUCCCAAAAGUGCAAUUGAUAACCUUAUGUGCCGUAAGGCUUGUGGACCCAAUAGCAUUCACGCAAAUAUUCCCCUACGUCAAUGAAAUGAUGGAACGCCUGCAUUUGACCAACGAUCCAUCGAAGAUAGGGUUCUACAGUGGUUUGGUGGAGAGCAGCUUUGCAAUAUCUCAGUUGUUCUGCAUCUACCACUGGGCACGAAUUUCCGACAAAAUUGGCCGUCGCCCAGUAGUUCUGGCUGGAAUAUUGGGAAUCGGCGUAUCCACCAUUGUACUUGGCCUCGCCCACAGUUUAGCAGGCGUAGUACUUGCUCGGUGUAUAGCCGGCAUAUUCUCUGGCAACAUUGCCGUCAUCCACUCCGUGCUUGGAGAGAUCACCGAUACAACUAACCAAGCGGUUGCCUUCCCCAUCUAUGGUCUUUUCUGGCCUUUGGGCGCCAUCAUUGGUCCUUUACUUGGUGGAACGUUCUCUAACCCCGCAGAACGAUUCCCCAAUGUCUUCAACUACGAUUUCCUGAAGAUCUAUCCGUAUUUUCUGCCUUGCUUCGUCGCAGGAUGCCUGUCAAUAUGCGUCGCGACACUUAUAUAUCUGUUCUUGGAAGAGUCUCUGCCGAGCAAACGACACAAGUGCGAUUAUGUCCCUAUGCGACAAGUAGGCUCAGAACAUAGGCCUGAUCCCGAGAAACCGGCACAGCCUGCGGGUGUGCGGUAUCUAUUGUCAAUUCCGCUCAUCAAGGCUCUCUGCUUGAGUGGACUUGCAUUAGCGUUUCUCAACACAGGCUUUGACGUGACAUUUGUGCUCUUCUCGUACUCCGCGAUCGAGCGUGGAGGUUUGAACUUCCAGACGCAACAAAUCGGCUAUGCACUCGCUAUGUCGGGCGUUGCCUCGGUGCUUCUCCAGCUCUUCUGUAUGCCGUACCUUCUGCGGCGCUACGAUCAUGCGAAGAUGUACAACACAUGCAUGGCGAUUUGGCCGUUCUGCUACGCGUUCAUGCCUCUCCUGAACAUCAUCGCCACGGCAGGUAUCGAUGAAGCGACAGGCCAGCCCAGCGCCGCUGCACGCGCGUUCAUCUGGAUGGGCAUAGGUGGCCUGCUCUUGUUGGCACGGACAGCGUGUCUGGCGUAUUCAGUCAGCAUGAUCUUGGUCAAAGAGGCUGCUCCGGACGCUUCAUCGCUCGGAGCGACCAACGGCCUCUGCCAAUUCUUCAUGUGCUUCGCUCGCUCAUUCAGCCCCGCUUUCGCAAGCUCCCUAUUCGCAAUCUCGAACGGGUUCGACUUUGUCUUAUUGCGGUACAUGUGGGUGCUGGUAAUGGUCAUCAUCUCCUUUCUCGGGACGACCUUGUCGCGGCGGAUCGCUGAGGGAAGGAAGACGACGACCCGUUGA